GAACACCUUCCUAGUUGGAAGAGCACCCCUGCCUGAUACACCGGUACCGUGAGCUGCGCGAUAUGCCUUUCCCUCGAAUGCCAACGCUGGCAUGGACAGCUGCCUCAUUGUUCACGAUUGCGAAGAGCGAGCAAGUGGCUGGACUAUUCCUGAAGACGUGUAGGAGGUUCAGCCUCCCAUAAUACCUGGUCCCCCCAGCAGUCGCCAAGUCGGGGCGAGAACGAACUGGGAACACAAGCUAUCGACAACAAUGGCGAUGAACGGGAGCAUCGAAAAAGAGGGGACAGAAAGGAAAGAACGGCGAUGGAGGUUGUUCCAGGACAAGAGGGGACGCGGUGAGGAUGCCAAGCUGUGUGCAGACGCCAGCUCUAGUCUGCGAGUGAAGCGAGUAGACCAUGUCUUCAAUAUGCAAACGCGCGCAUGGACGUACAAAGAUACCAAGGUCAAGUCUGCCUCGCAGGUCUUGACCGGCGGCAAGACAUCGGACGGCUCCGACGUCUGGCAGUCGUUUUGCUUCGUGGUUGUGCGCAACAUUCCUCCGGAGGACUCCCCACCAGGCGUGGAGCCGACGGUUGCACUAACGAUUAAGAGCCCAUACCUGCGAACGGCAUGCCAAGAUGUCAUCGGCGACAUUCCCGGGCUCUCUUGGACAGUUGAUCCUCUUGAGCUCUCUAUAGACCUGUUGGUCUCCGCUUACCCGCGCUUCGUGGAAUACCAAUCAGAUCUGAAGAAGAGCACAGACCGUUUGAGUGACGAGGACAACGUCCUCCGGAGCCUCGAAGUCCUCUUGGACUACUUGCGGACAGAUUUUCAGGCCACCAUCUCCCAAAUCUCUAACCUCCUCGCACAUGAAGAGAUCUCGUCGGACCUGCUCUACGCCAUCCUGAUCCCUGGGACACUGCUGGUCACCACGGAUCCUUCGACAGGCGAACCUUGCGUCCUGCAGCUCAAGAGCUUCGCAAAAGGCACGACGUCGUACACGCUGAACGGCGAGGGCCUCGAUGUUAUUGACGAUCCGCAGGACAACAACACAGACAAUGUUUCGGCGCCAGCUGGGGCUACGACGAAGUUCGGUAGGGUCCUCCGCAGCAUUCAGAUCCCACAUUUCCGAGGGGUCGUCAAGAUCAACACGCUUUCCGCAUACCCGAUGUCCUAUCAUAGCAACGAAGCGCGUCUGAAAGAGGCUCUCCUCGCUCGGGCACGCAAGUGGAUGAAGCUGAGCGGUGUACAUCAUAUGCACUACCAAGGGACUGCCGUCAUCGGGGUCGAAACCCAAUGUGGAAGAGUGUACAUCAAAUACCAGACCGAUUCAAGGACCAUCAUCGACAGAGGCGCAUUCAAGCAGAACAACGCAAACUAUGCGAUGUCUCAGCCUGCUGCUGUGCAGGCAUCGCAACCCAGGCAACGCUCUCGACCUAACCGACGUCGUCGUGGGGAGCCAGCCGUCAAGGCCGAAACUCUGCGUGUUAAAACGGAGAGUCAAUCAGUUGGAUUGCCAGACGACGAGCUCAUCCUGGCAUCACCUGUGUUGUACGGCUUCAGUCUGUCCGACAAGAUGUGGCUCGAGUUCAAUGUCGAGAAGGUCCGCCCUAUCGCAUGGUCCGACGAGCCGUUCACGAACCUCGUACUCCCAGGCAAUCGGAGAGACCUCUUGCGAUCCCUCGUGGAGGCACACAACUCUAAUCUCGAUUUCGACGACUUCGUCCAGGGGAAGGGACAAGGUCUCGUCAUCAACCUCUUCGGCCCUCCCGGAGUCGGAAAGACCCUGUCUGCGGAGGCGACUAGUGAACAUCUCAAGCGACCGCUGUACAUGAUCGGUGGUGGUGACCUUGGGGCCGACGCGAACACCGUUGAUACUACGCUGAAGCGUGUUUUCAGCAUCGCUGCACGCUGGAGGGCCAUCGUCCUCAUAGAUGAGGCCGACGUGUUCCUAGAACAGCGCUCUAUGCAUGACCUGAUGCGCAACGCCAUGGUCGCAGUGUUUUUGCGGCACGUCGAGUACUACCGCGGAAUCCUAUUCCUCACCACGAACAGAGUUAAGGCCUUCGACCCCGCCUUCCUGUCCCGUAUACACGUCGCUCUCCGGUUCCAGGAACUGAGCAAAGAAGCGAAGCUCAAGAUCUGGCAGGCUUUCCUUCAGAAGGUCAAGGUCGAUGACCUCCCCUCCGACGAGAUAGACAAUCUCGUCGGCCGAGAAGUAAACGGACGUCAAAUCAAGAAUGCUACCAGAACGGCUACCUCGCUGGCUAAGAGCCGUGGAGAGAAGCUGGGAUACAAGCAUCUUGCGGAGACUCUCGAUACGAUGGUUGAGUUCGAGAACGAGUUCACGGCUAUAUCUCAUGAAAUGUAAAGAACACCAGUCGGUGGCUACAAUUGAGACGAAUGCGAUGCAGUGGCUGCCAUCCAAACUGGUGCAGUCGUUGUUGAACAACUAUGCAUGGGUCCGGCCGAGCGCGAGAUCCCGGCCCGAUACAGUAC